AUGGAGUCUAGCCGGUCCUCGAAAGCAGUCCGCGAUCAUCCGCUCAUACUGCUCUUUGCAAUAUUCUUGGCUUGGAAACUAUGUCUUCUGCUUAUCACAUUAGCCAGCCCGGGUGGCGGAUAUGACACCUCUACAAGCCUGCUGUUCGACCAGCAAGGCUCACACAACUCCGCCUCUGGAGAAGUUGGGAUGCUGGGAAGACGCUGGUUCAAUUUCGUCAGAUGGGAUGCAGUAUAUUUCACGCAUAUGUCGCAGCACGGUCAUGUAUAUGAACAGGAGUGGGCUUUUGGAAUGGGCCUCUCAACAGCGAUAUCAGGGAUUGCAAGACUUCUUUCAAAAUCGUUCAGCUUUUUCAGUGCGCAAUCAUCUGUCCUUAUAGCAGGUCUUGCUUUAUCCCAUUUGGCACACUGGCUGUCUGUGAUCCAACUGUUCGCGCUUGCGACGACACUCACUGGCAGCAAGAAGACCACCACCCCUUCCCUGAUACCGUUCUAUGCCGCUGCAUUUCACAUCCUCUCUCCGGCGGGAGUGUUUCUGUCAGCUCCAUAUACUGAAAGCUUGUUCGCCUUCUUUUCCAUUUCUGGGUUCCUGGCGUUUGUCCGUGCCGUCCACCAUUCCGCCCAUGGCCCGUUUACGGGCUGCAUCGGUAUGAUUGGUGCAGGAAUUGCCUUCGGUACGGCAACUUUUGUUAGAAGCAACGGCAUACUAGCAGGUAUUACUUUUGUUCUCGCAGCUUGCGCAACGGCGUUCGCAAUCCUCUCCCAAGGGCCAUCGUUGCCUCGAGUCAGCCUGCUCGCGUCAGUCCUCGUCGGUGGCCUACUGGUGGCGGUCGGGAUGGUAACGCCACAAGUUGUCGCAUACAUGGAAUACUGUAAUGGACGAUACCCUGGACAGAGGAGGCCAUGGUGCGAGGCCAACAUCCCAUCAAUCUUCACAUGGGUUCAAUCUCACUACUGGAACGUCGGUCCCUUCCGGUAUUGGACACUUUCGAAUGUCCCACUGUUCUUGCUCGCAGCUCCCACGCUUUGGCUGCUCGUCUACUCCGCGAUAGACGUGCUUCGCAACCCUGGCGCACUUUUGGCAGCUCCAUCUGGCUCGUCAUCCCAGAUAGCCACCGCACAGCAGAAGAGUGCGGUCAUGAGCUUGGCACUGCCUCAACUCGUGCUCGCAGUGCUUGCGUUGACGAGUUACCAUGUGCAGAUCAUCACUCGAAUAUCUUCGGGAUAUCCCUUGUGGUACAUCUGGUUGGCAGCCAGAACACAGGAGAACACGACUCGCACGGCACCCAUCAUACGCUGGAUGGUGAUAUAUGCGUUGGUCCAGGCCGGCUUGUACGCGUCCUUCCUACCUCCGGCAUGA